AUGUCAUGUUUAUCUGGCUGCACAGGCGAUGUUGGGUCGCUUCUGUACCAGUGUACAGACUUUGACGCAAUAGAAGACUGGACAACAGGAAGAUACACUGUUCGGUAUACACCAAGUGUGUCAGUUUUCUCAUUUGGGUAUGCCGGAUGUUGUUGGAUCAGUACGCUGAUGGUAGGCGCUGACAGCUCUUGGUCUUUCAAAGCGUCCGUAGACCUGACGCUGCGGUCGGAUACUGGGCUAAUUAACAGGUCCCCGACGGUUGAAAUGGCGCCUGUUGUCGCUUUGUUACGAGGAUGUGACUACGUUAUAAGCCUUCCAGUUGGUGAUGUUGAUGGAGACAUCGUUCGAUGUCGAUGGGCUAAUGCAGCAGACGAGUGCAGUGGUGUGUGCAAUGCGUUUGCUAAUGCGAUAUUGGACCAGACAGCAUGUACCAUCUCGUAUUCCGCUCGUCAAGGUGGGUAUUUCGCAGUUGCCCUUCAAAUUGAGGACUUUGCAAACACCGCUUCUACAGUGCCAUUAAGCAGCAUACCACUGCAAUUUCUCGUUCACGUUAUCACUUGCUCUGGUUGUACAUGUGAAUCGGAACCGGAGUUUGUCGAACCAACAUCUGAUUCGAAUGAUUGUUUUGCCAUCGAAGUAGGAGAUCGAUUUAAUUUGACACUGAAAGCCAGGAGCAAGUGGUCACUGAGAAGUUUAACGACUAUUUCACCGAUCGGAAUGGUGCGCUCGAAUGUGGAACAUAUUUCUGACAAUGUCUGGAACUACUUAUCUGUCAACGUAUCUUGGAUACCAACACAGACCGACAGCGGGCGAGAUCACAGUCUUUGCUAUUACGCUACGGAUAAUAACCUCGGGUUAAGCAACGUGAUCAGAUGUAUAAAAAUACCCGUAUCAGUGAAAGAACCAACGCCAUUGCGAGUUGAACGUCAAGGAAUUUCAAACACGUGGAUUAUCGUAAUCGACCAGACAUUUAACCGUCCUACGAACUCAGCGUUUAUCACGAUGUAUGAAAGCGAAAACAACACAGCGAUAAUCAGUAUAGAUGUAUCUACGUCUUCAGAUGUUAUUUACGAUCCUAUCAACAGACGAAUAUCCGUGACAUUUAACUAUGUAUUCGAUAUUGAUAAGAAAUACCACGUUUCCAUUCCAUCCGGCCUUGUUGAAGGUUACGUAAGCUGCGGUGCUGUUUCACAUGCAAUCAAUGAUUCUUCGUUUUGGCCUAUCGAGCUAAACUGUGGAGACAUAUUCCUUGAUAACGGCCAUGUUGAUCCGGAAAAUGAAACUUCUUAUCCUUCUACUGUAACAUACAUGUGUGAUCCUGGUCAUUUCCUGGUCGGGGACGAAAACCGCACGUGUCAAUCGAACAGGUUAUGGACAGGAACGAACUCAACUUGCAAGCCAAAGGAUUGCGGGUCAUUCAAUACUCCAGCGAAUGGUCAGGCUUCCACUUCAAUAACAUUGUACAACACUCAUGUGCAUUUCACGUGUUAUUUUGGAUAUCGUAUUAAUGGAAACAUCACCAUAAUUUGUACCGAAGACGGGACAUGGUCUAAUAACCCACCCACUUGUGAAGUAGUAGACUGUGACAUACCUCCGACAUUGCUGAAUGGCGCUUAUACGACACCCAAUGGUACGACGUAUCUUCAAACAGCAACGUUUUCAUGCAACAAUGGGUAUGACUUUGUUGGAACUAGUGAUCGCCAAUGCCUAGUCAAUGGAUCAUGGAGCAGCGUUCAUCAGUUUUGUAUGAUUAAAGACUGUGGACCACUUGUUUCUCCUCAAAAUGGAAAUGUACUUGUUGGUAACACAACCUACGGAGAAAUAGCCACUUACACAUGCGAUUUUGGCCACGCUCUGAUUGGGAAUAAUUCUCGCGAUUGUUUAGGCAGUGGACAAUGGAGUGACUCUGAACCAACAUGUGUUUUAAAGGAUUGCGGAACCUUGCCCGACACGCCACAAGGAUCCGUAUAUACGCCUUUCACAACAUACGGGGCUUUUGCUCUAUAUGACUGUCAAAAAGGCUAUCAUAUUGAAGGAAGCAAAACUAGACAGUGCCAAGUAAAUGAGCGAUGGAGUUCACCGGUACCCACCUGUAUAUUAACCGAUUGCGGCAAUCUUACUUCCCCUAUAAACGGUGACGUGCUUUAUACAGCGACGCUCUUUGAUGACUGUGCCACAUACUCUUGCAAUGACGGAUACGAGGUUGUUGGAGAACGCCGUGUAUGUUGUCAAGAGAAUGCUACAUGGACGUCAAUGGACACUGUUUGCAUCAUUAAAGAUUGCGGACCGCUGUAUAAUCCUGAUGAUGGUCGUGUUAUCUAUUCCAACACAACGUAUGGUUCUCAAGCAACAUUUGAAUGUGAUGUGGGGUACGAGGGGGUUGGAGCUAGUCAAAUCGUCUGCCUUAGCAACGCAUCUUGGAGUGAGAGCUCACCUUUUUGUAGAAUAAAGGAUUGUUACUCUCCUUCCGUACUGACUAAUGGCUCGGCGUCAUUUACAAACACAACCUAUCAAUCAGUGUGUGUUUAUUCCUGUGACACUGGUUUCGAUCUCAUCGGUGACAACAUAUCCAUCUGUCUUCAAGAUGGUAAUUGGAGCAGUCCAUAUACAUAUUGUCACAUCAAAGAUUGUGGUCUUGUUUUGUCGCCAGAAAAUGGCCAUGCUCAUUUGGACACUACAUACUUCGAAAGUAUAGUUAAGUAUUCCUGUAAUAUUGGUUAUGACUUAACUGGUGCGCAAAGCCGAGAGUGUUUGUUUAAUGGAACAUGGAGCAGAGAAGACCCAUUAUGUACAAUCAGAGAAUGCGGCCAUUUGGUGCAUCCAGUUAAUGGAACUGUUAGUUACAGUAAUAUGACUUACGGCGCAACAGCGUUUUACGUUUGCGAAACGGGAAACGAUCUAAUCGGAGACGAUAAAACGGAAUGCUUAAGUAACGGUUCUUGGAGUGAACUUCCCCCAGUCUGUUAUAUUAAAGACUGUUUUGACCCUCACGAGCCGUCAAAUGGUACAGUGACGUACGUCAGCACCACAUAUGGAUCGCACAGUCAAUACAAAUGCGAUAACGGAUUUGAUUUGAUUGGGGGGUCCAUAUCGACAUGUACAGCACAUGGUAACUGGAGUGAUCCAGAAAUAUUUUGCCAAAUCAAAGACUGUGGUCAUCCGGUAUCGCCGAAGAAUGGGAAUGUGGCAUAUGAAGACACAAAGUUUCAAGCUAUUGCACAAUACACAUGUGACACCGGUUAUUCCUUGAUCGGCAACAAUUUAAGGAUCUGCAACAAAGAUGGAAUGUGGUCAGACCAGCCUUAUUGUCAAAUUAAAGAAUGCGGCCAUUUGGUGCAUCCAGUUAAUGGAACUGUUAGUUACAGUAAUAUGACUUACGGCGCAACAGCGUUUUACGUUUGCGAAACGGGAUACGAUCUAAUCGGAGACGAUAAAACGGAAUGCUUAAGUAACGGUUCUUGGAGUGAACCUCCCCCAGCCUGUUAUAUAAAAGACUGUUUUGACCCUCACGAGCCGUCAAAUGGUACAGUGACGUACGUCAGCACCACAUAUGGAUCGCACAGUCAAUACAAAUGCGAUGACGGAUUUGAUUUGAUUGGCGGGUUCUUAUCGACAUGUACAGCACAUGGUAACUGGAGUGAUCCAGAAAUAUUUUGCCAAAUCAAAGAUUGCAAUGAGCUAGAAGAACCAGCAAACGGGAAAUUCGUAAGGAAUGGAACUACUUACGAAUCAGUUGGAGUUUUUUACUGUAAAAAUGGGUAUGAUCUUAUUGGUGACGAUACGGUUUAUUGUCAAGAUUCUGGUGAAUGGAAUGGUACAACUCCAUUGUGCAAGAUUAGAGAAUGUCCAGUUCCAGAUGGCAUAAACAAUGGCUUAGUAAACUACACUGCUCAUGAGUUUAUGUCGGUCGUUGCAUAUGAGUGUUAUCCCGGAUAUGUGUUAGUUGGGGAUGCGACCAGGACAUGUGAAAGCAAUGGAAACUGGAGCAGUGUUCACCCUGUCUGUACAAUAAAGGAUUGUGGACAGCCCCUUAUUCCUACAAAUGGAUCUGGUGAAUAUAACACUACCACAUACGGCUCCCAAUUGGUGUAUUACUGUGAUCCGGGCUUCGAUGCGAACUCAAACGAUUCUUCCCUUUGUACUGAAAACGGAACCUGGAGCACGUCUAAUAUCCAAUGUUUAAUAAAAGAUUGUGGCCCAAUUUCCCCUCCAACGAACGGAACCGUUGAAAUAUCUGACACUGUGUAUCGUUCUUCCGCCAUGUUCAACUGUGACCUUGGUUACACCUUGCACGGUAACAACACGGCUGAAUGUUUAGAAGACGGUCAAUGGAGUUAUGGUGGACCUUCUUGCGAAAUCAAGGACUGUGGACCAGUUGAGGAAUUUUCAAAUGGAAAUGCAAUACAGGCUGAAGGGACGACGUACGGAGCCCGGGUCUGGUUUACUUGCAAUGAUGGUUAUACUUUCGCAGGAAAUGAUACAACAUCAUGCACAUAUACUGGUGAAUGGGACAGCAAGGUGCCGUUCUGUCAAAAGAUAGAAAGCAGUGUUGCUGUUGUGGUCGGUGUAAUCGGAGGAAUCGUAGGACUUUUAUUUCUGAUCGUUACUGUAAUAUUAGCUGUUUUCAUGGUGCGGAAGUUCUCCAUGAACGGACAUAGACGUCUGGAUGGUGAUCAAUUGGAAGAAAGAGAUUAUAAUGGGCCCAAGUCUACAGCGACCAAUCCUUUGUACAGUGAUAAAUGUCCAGUCCCAGAUGGCAUAAACAAUGGCUUAGUAAACUUCACUGCUCAUGAGUUUAUGUCGGUCGUUGCAUAUGAGUGUUAUCCCGGAUAUGUGUUGGGGAUGCGACCAGGACAUGUGAAAGCAAUGGAAACUGGAGCAGUGUUCGCUCUUUCUUCAAUCCGUGUAUCAAAUACUAUUUGGCGUACUAACAAAAUAGGUGUGAAGAUUCUGAUUCACUUCCGGAUUUCUUGGCGUCGAUCUGGCGGGCACAGCUGUGAUGACAAUACCAUCAGCUCAGGAAGCUUAAUAGGGUCAGGAACUAUGUCAUGUUUAUCUGGCUGCACAGGCGAUGUUGGGUCGCUUCUGUACCAGUGUACAGACUAUGACGCCACAGAAGACUGGACAACAGGAAGAUACACUGUUCGGUAUACACCAAGUGUGUCAGUUUUCUCAUUUGGGUAUUCCGCAUGUUGUUGGAUCAGUACGCUGAUAGUAGGCGCUGACAGCUCUUGGUCUUUCAAAGCGUCCGUAGACCUGACGCUGCGGUCGGAUACUGGGCUAAUUAACAGGUCCCCGACGGUUGAAAUGGCGCCUGUUGUCGCUUUGUUACGAGGAUGUGACUACGUUAUAAGCCUUCCAGUUGGCGAUGUUGAUGGAGACAUCGUUCGAUGUCGAUGGGCUAAUGCAGCAGACGAGUGCAGUGGUGUGUGCAAUGCGUUUGCUAAUGCGAUAUUGGACCAGACAGCAUGUACCAUCUCGUAUUCCGCUCGUCAAGGUGGGUAUUUCGCGGUUGCCUUUCAAAUUGAGGACUUUGCAAACACCGCUUCUACAGUGCCAUUAAGCAGCAUACCACUGCAAUUUCUCGUUCACGUUAUCACUUGCUCUGGAUGUACAUGUGAAUCGGAACCGGAGUUUGUCGAACCAACAUCUGAUGCGAAUGAUUGUUUUGCAAUCGAAGUAGGAGAUCGAUUUAAUUUGACACUGAAAGCCAGGAGCAAGUGGCCACUGAGAAGUUUAACGACUAUUUCACCGAUCGGAAUGGUGCGCUCGAAUGUGGAACAUACUUCUGACAAUGUCUGGAACUACUUAUCUGUCAACGUAUCUUGGAUACCAACACAGACCGACAGCGGGCGAGAUCACAGUCUUUGCUAUUACGCUACGGAUAAUAACCUCGGGUUAAGCAACGUGAUCAGAUGUAUAAAAAUACCCGUAUCAGUGAAAGAACCAACGCCAUUGCGAGUUGAACGUCAAGGAAUUUCAAACACGUGGAUUAUCGUAAUCGACCAGACAUUUAACCGUCCUACAAACUCAGCGUUUAUCACGAUGUAUGAAAGCGAAAACAACACUGCGAUAAUCAGUAUAGAUGUAUCUACGUCUUCAGAUGUUAUUUACGAUCCUAUCAACAGACGAAUAUCCGUGACAUUUAACUAUGUAUUCGAUAUUGAUAAGAAAUACCACGUUUCCAUUCCAUCCGGCCUUGUUAAAGGUUACGUAAGCUGCGGUGCUGUUUCACAUGCAAUCAAUGAUUCUUCGUUUUGGCCUAUCGAGCUAAACUGUGGAGACAUAUUCCUUGAUAACGGCCAUGUUGACACUUCUUAUCCUUCUACUCUAACAUACAUAUGUGAUCCUGGUCAUUUCCUGGUCGGGGACGAAAACCGCACGUGUCAAUCGAACAGGUUAUGGACAGGAACGAACUCAACGUGCAAGCCAAAGGAUUGCGGGUCAUUCAAUACUCCAGCGAAUGGUCAGGCUUCCACUUCAAUAACAUUGUACAACACUCAUGUGCAUUUCACGUGUUAUUUUGGAUAUCGCAUUAAUGGAAACAUCACCAUAAUUUGUACCGAAGACGGGACAUGGUCUAAUAACCCACCCACUUGUGAAGUAGUAGACUGUGACAUACCUCCACCAUUGCUGAAUGGCGCUUAUACGACACCCAAUGGUACGACGUAUCUUCAAACAGCAACGUUUUCAUGCAACAAUGGGUAUGACUUUGUUGGAACUAGUGAUCGCCAAUGCCUAGUCAAUGGAUCAUGGAGCAGCGUUCAUCAGUUUUGUAUGAUUAAAGACUGUGGACCACUUGUUUCUCCUCAAAAUGGAAAUGUACUUGUUGGUAACACAACCUACGGAGAAAUAGCCACUUACACAUGCGAUUUUGGCCACGCUCUGAUUGGGAAUAAUUCUCGCGAUUGUUUAGGCAGUGGACAAUGGAGUGACUCUGAACCAACAUGUGUUUUAAAGGAUUGCGGAACCUUGCCCGACCCGCCACAAGGAUCCGUAUAUACGCCUUUCACAACAUACGGGGCUUUUGCUCUAUAUGACUGUCAAAAAGGCUAUCAUAUUGAAGGAAGCAAAACUAGACAGUGCCAAGUAAAUGAGCGAUGGAGUUCACCGGUACCCACCUGUAUAUUAACCGAUUGCGGCAAUCUUACUUCCCCUAUAAACGGUGACGUGCUUUAUACAGCGACGCUCUUUGAUGACUGUGCCACAUACUCUUGCAAUGACGGAUACGAGGUUGUUGGAGAACGCCGUGUAUGUUGUCAAGAGAAUGCUACAUGGACGUCAAUGGACACUGUUUGCAUCAUUAAAGAUUGCGGACCGCUGUAUAAUCCUGAUGAUGGUCGUGUUAUCUAUUCCAACACAACGUAUGGUUCUCAAGCAACAUUUGAAUGUGAUGUGGGGUACGAGGGGGUUGGAGCUAGUCAAAUCGUCUGCCUUAGCAACGCAUCUUGGAGUGAGAGCUCACCUUUUUGUAGAAUAAAGGAUUGUUAUUCUCCUUCCGUACCGACUAAUGGCUCGGCGUCAUUUACAAACACAACCUAUCAAUCAGUGUGUGUUUAUUCCUGUGACACUGGUUUCGAUCUCAUCGGUGACAACAUAUCCAUCUGUCUUCAAGAUGGUAAUUGGAGCAGUCCAUAUACAUAUUGUCACAUCAAAGAUUGUGGUCUUGUUUUGUCGCCAGAGAAUGGCCAUGCUCAUGUGGACACUACAUACUUCGAAAGUGUAGUUCAGUAUUCCUGUAAUAUUGGUUAUGACUUAACUGGUGCGCAAAGCCGAGAGUGUUUGUUUAAUGGAACAUGGAGCAGAGAAGACCCAUUAUGUACAAUCAGAGAAUGCGGCCAUUUGGUGCAUCCAGUUAAUGGAACUGUUAGUUACAGUAAUAUGACUUACGGCGCAACAGCGUUUUACGUUUGCGAAACGGGAUACGAUCUAAUCGGAGACGAUACAACGGAAUGCUUAAGUAACGGUUCUUGGAGUGAACUUCCCCCAGUCUGUUACAUUAAAGACUGUUUUGACCCUCACGAGCCGUCAAAUGGUACAGUGACGUACUUCAGCACCACAUAUGGAUCGCACAGUCAAUACAAAUGCGAUAACCGAUUUGAUUUGAUUGGGGGGUCCAUAUCGACAUGUACAGCACAUGGUAACUGGAGUGAUCCAGAAAUAUUUUGCCAAAUCAAAGACUGUGGUCAUCCGGUAUCGCCGAAGAAUGGGAAUGUGGCAUAUGAAGACACAGAGUUUCAAGCUAUUGCACAAUACACAUGUGACACCGGUUAUUCCUUGAUCGGCAACAAUUUAAGGAUCUGCAACAAAGAUGGAAUGUGGUCAGACCAGCCUUAUUGUCAAAUUAAAGAAUGCGGCCAUUUGGUGCAUCCAGUUAAUGGAACUGUUAGUUACAGUAAUAUGACUUACGGCGCAACAGCGUUUUACGUUUGCGAAACGGGAUACGAUCUAAUCGGAGACGAUAAAACGGAAUGCUUAAGUAACGGUUCUUGGAGUGAACCUCCCCCAGCCUGUUAUAUAAAAGACUGUUUUGACCCUCACAAGCCGUCAAAUGGUACAGUGAUGUACGUCAGCACCACAUAUGAAUCGCACAGUCAAUACAAAUGCGAUGACGGAUUUGAUUUGAUUGGCGGGUCCUUAUCGACAUGUACAGCACAUGGUAACUGGAGUGAUCCAGAAAUAUUUUGCCAAAUCAAAGAUUGCAAUGAGCUAGAAGAACAAGCAAACGGGAAAUUCGUAAGGAAUGGAACUACUUACGAAUCAGUUGGAGUAUUUUACUGUAAAAAUGGGUAUGAUCUUAUUGGUGACGAUACGGUUUAUUGUCAAGAUUCUGGUGAAUGGAAUGGUACAACUCCAUUGUGCAAGAUUAGAGAAUGUCCAGUUCCAGAUGGCAUUAACAAUGGCUUAGUAAACUACACUGCUCAUGAGUUUAUGUCGGUCGUUGCAUAUGAGUGUUAUCCCGGAUAUGUGUUAGUUGGGGAUGCGACCAGGACAUGUGAAAGCAAUGGAAACUGGAGCAGUGUUCACCCUGUCUGUACAAUAAAGGAUUGUGGACAGCCCCUUAUUCCUACAAAUGGAUCUGGUGAAUAUAACACUACCACAUACGGCUCCCAAUUGGUGUAUAACUGUGAUCCGGGCUUCGAUGCGAACUCAAACGAUUCUUCCCUUUGUACUGAAAACGGAACCUGGAGCACGUCUAAUAUCCAAUGUUUAAUAAAAGAUUGUGGCCCAAUUUCCCUUCCAACGAACGGAACCGUUGAAAUAUCUGACACUGUGUAUCGUUCUACCGCCAUGUUCAACUGUGACCUUGGUUACACCUUGCACGGUAACAACACGGCUGAAUGUUUAGAAGACGGUCAAUGGAGUUAUGGUGGACCUUCUUGCGAAAUCAAGGACUGUGGACCAGUUGAGGAAUUUUCAAAUGGAAAUGCAAUACAGGCUGAAGGGACGACGUACGGAGCCCGGGUCUGGUUUACUUGCAAUGAUGGUUAUACUUUCGCAGGAAAUGAUACAACAUCAUGCACAUAUACUGGUGAAUGGGACAGCAAGGUGCCGUUCUGUCAAAAGAUAGAAAGCAGUGUUGCUGUUGUGGGCGGUGUAAUCGGAGGAAUCGUAGGACUUGUAUUUCUGAUCCUUACUGUAAUAUUAGCUGUUUUCAUGGUGCGAAAGUUCUCCAUGAACGGACAUACGCGUCUGGAUGGUGAUCAAUUGGAAGAAAGAGAUUGUAAUGGGCCCAAGUCUACAGCGACCAAUCCUUUGUACAGUGAUAGCUCCCUAUGAUCACAAUGUGAACGGAUGAAGUCAGUUACAGCGAAUCUAGAAACGUCUUUAUAUAAAUAGUGUAUUGUUUGAUUAGCUGUUGCUUGCUUAAAACCCUCUUUUUUCCAAUAAAACGUUUAUGAUCUCAAGAUACACAUAUUUUGAGCAUAAUCAAAAGGUGUAAACGGAAAAUAAAAAAGUGAUAUGUUCCCAAUACUAACUCGUGGCGACAGAUUAGAAAAGAACUAUUCAGAAAAAAAAACAUUUUAAAGGUUUGCUUUAUUGUUUUCUGCUUCAAUUGAUACUCAUAUGUAUUUUGUGUUUGCACAUAUCUUCAUUUAUUUUAAUAAGUGUGUUUGUGUGUUAACAUGCAGACCUAAGCACAAACAAGAUGAAUGUUGCACAAGGCUUCAAUGGAUACCGUUUUGUUUGAUAACAUUGUAUGUAAAUUGUGAGAAAUAUAUCAUGUUUUUUGAAUGUA